CAACAAAACAAGAAACCCAACACACACAAACACAAAAUCACAAUGGCCUUAGUAAUGAAAUAUAUAAACAUCAUGAACAGAUAUAUGGACUCACAUGGCGAUCCCAGAACGAAGGAUUGGCCAAUGAUGUCAUCACCAUUUCCCACAUUAGCUGUAUGUCUCACAUAUGUCUACUUAGUCAAGGUCUUAGGUCCACGAUGGAUGGAAAAUCGCAAACCAUUCCGUUUACAAAACACAUUAAUUGUCUAUAAUGCAGCACAGGUGAUAUUUAGUGCGUGGAUAUUCUAUGAGAUUGGUAUUUCCGGUUGGCUGACAGGACACUAUAGCUUCCGAUGUCAGCCGGUUGAGUAUAAUAAUAACCCUAGAACGAUAAGGAUGGUCCAUGCUUGUUGGUGGUAUUAUUUCUCGAAAUUCACAGAGUUCAUGGAUACGAUAUUCUUUGUUUUGCGCAAAAAAGAAAGUCAAAUCACCACUCUGCACGUUAUCCAUCACGGUUGUAUGCCCAUGUCCGUUUGGUUCGGUGUUAAAUUCACACCCGGCGGCCACAGUACCUUCUUCGGUUUGCUCAAUACCUUCGUACACAUUAUUAUGUACACCUAUUAUAUGUUCUCGGCCAUGGGUCCCAAAUUCCAGAAAUAUUUGUGGUGGAAGAAAUAUUUGACAACUUUGCAAAUGGUGCAAUUCAUUUUGAUCAUGGUCCAUGCCUUCCAAUUGUUGUUCAUUGAAUGUAAUUAUCCCAAAGCCUUUGUCUGGUGGAUCGGUAUGCAUGCCGUUAUGUUCUUCUUCUUGUUCAAUGAAUUCUACAAACAAGCCUACAAAGGACGUAAAUCGCAAUACAAGAAUUUAUUAAUGUUCUGUUUGCAGCGUCCCGAAAAAUUCCAGAAGGAAGAUGCCCCCCUCUUGGCCAACGGCCAUGCCAAUGGCGAUUGUCAGACAACGGAAAAGAAGCUCUUGAAUGGACAUGCCAAUGGCAAACUUCUGGCCAAUGGCAGCAGUGCGAAAUCCUCAAAUGGCUACACCAGCAGCAAUGGUUACAAGAAUGGCGCCGUGCUGGCCAAUGGCGUCAACGGUCACACAACAGAGCUGACGCAGCGGAAGGUGAAAUAAUACAAGGCCAAAAAUGGCAAACGUAAAAUGCUAAAAAAGA